AGAGAGAGAGAGAGAGAGGGGGAGCGAGAGAGAGAGAGAGAGAGUGAGUGGGUGAGUGAGUGAGAGAGAAGUGAAUGGGACUUCGAACAGCAGUGCAUCCUUCACAUCAUCGAUAUCGAUCACCCAGCUUUUAUCGACAACACAUCGGCUCGCUGGGGCCAACCGGGAGCUCAGUUGGAGGCUAACGCAGGCUAGCAGCAUGGGGCGCGCAUGAGGCGGCUAACCGCACAAACAAGGAAGCGGACGAAGAGCUAACGUAGCUAGCUAGCCGCUGGCUAAUAUUGUUUCUAAUGUGUGAUCCGGGAGCAUGCGUGCUGAUACCGAGAGGUUGGUGCCUGCAAACGAGCGUGUUUUCAUUCCGACAACGCGCUCACUGCUUUCAAUGCUGAAGUGCAGCUAAGUGUUAGCAUGUUAGCUGAUGUUGUCCUUUUACGUUACUGGGAGCUGGGGGUGGGGGCGGGGGCGGGGGCGGGGGGUGCCGUGUGUGUAACACUCUCAUGUCAUGUCAGUGUAACAGUCAGUGAUAAGCAACACGCGUGUGUACGCGCAUUGUGUACUUGGUGGGAUUUAGCAGUAAUGUGGGAACUUGGCUAGCAGGAUGGGUUGUGAUUUCCAAGCUCAGCAAGAGUCAAUCACGUGACUCCUGCACCGGCACCCUCCGACCUGCCAACUUGCCCGCCCACCCCACAUGCUAGUUAGCUCACAUGCUAACGACGUGUCGGCACGUCGGCACCAUCCUGGCGUAGGACAGGAGUUGGGAGGCUUCUCAGCUGAAAUGUGGUCCUGUCUCUGGCAGCUGACUCGUUGGGGGAUGUCGGGCAGUAAGGCGCUGGGCGGGGGUGCCAGGCGCAGGAGGACGCGGUGCCGGCGCUGCCAGGCCUGCACGAGGAGCGAGUGCGGCGAGUGUCACUUCUGCAAGGACAUGAAGAAGUUCGGAGGGCCGGGACGCAUGAAGCAGUCCUGCCUGCUCAGACAGUGCACGGCGCCCGUGUUGCCGCACACGGCCGUGUGCUUGGCGUGUGGCGAGGCGGGAAAGGAGGACACGGUGGACUCGGAAGAGGACAAGUUCAGCCUGUGUCUGAUGGAAUGUACCAUCUGUAACGAGAUCAUCCACCCCAGCUGCCUCAAGAUGGGCAAAGCCGAAGGCAUCAUCAAUGACGAGAUUCCCAACUGCUGGGAGUGUCCCAAGUGCCACAAGGAGGGGAAGACCAGCAAGGACCAGGCGGACAUCUUGGGGAGGCGCAGGCUGGACAACGGCGAAGUGGGCCGCUGGAAGCUGACUGAUGACCCGCCCCCCAAGAAGAAAGUCCCGCCCUCCCUGGAGGUGGAGGGCGGCCACAAGAGGAAGCGGGAGAAAGACGCGCCCGUGGACGGCGGGUCCAAAAAGAAGAUGAAAGGUGCACACGAGAAGCGGCUGAAGAAGAAACCCAAACAGGAGGCCGAGGAGUCAAAUGGCCCCACCUCCUCCGCCGGAGGAUCCGCGGUGGGCCCCGCCUCCUCCUCCUCGUCCCUGACCGCCGAUGGCGGGGGGGCGGCGUCGGGCGCAGACCAGCGCUCGCAUCACAGGGAAAAGCUGGAACGCUUCAAGAGGAUGUGUCUGCUGGAACGCCGUGCCUCGUCCUCAUCCUCGUCUUCCUCCAGCUCCGAGUCCGACUCCGACUCGGACGACUCGCUGCCGGAGCAGGGAGGUGGAGGCUCUCCGCCCUCCUCGCCCUCGCUGCCUCCUCCCGUCUCCUACGGCAUGGGCGGCGGGAGCCGUGCGGAGAGGAGCCGGCGUCUGGCCGAGCUCGGCUUCAGCGCCAGUGAGGACUCGGAGGGCGAGGAGGAGCAGGCGGGAGACAAGGCCCGGCGGCGAGGAGACGCCGCCAUUCUCCCGCGUGGGAGGAAAGGAGGCGGCGUGGACGCGGAUGAGGACGACAGAGCCAAGAAAACAUCCGCCUCCGUCGCCAUCCUGCCCCCCUCGCCUCUCUCCUCCAAUCAAAUGGCUCUGUCCUCCCAACAUGGCGGCGGCCUGACGGCCAAGCAGCGCAGCAACGGACAGGAGGCGCGCAACGGCCGGACACGAGGAGGCGUGGGCGGUGAGAAGGAGAACGCCAGCAGUCUUUUGACCAAUCACAGACACGGUGGGGGGGGGGGAGGAGGCGGGCCUAAGGGCAACAAAGGUCGAAGCAACGUGAAAAACCAGACGUCCUCCAGAAACUUCUCCUCCUCCAUCCCCACCUCCAACGGGGGAGGAGGGGGAGGCGGCCUGAUGAUGUCGGCCAUGGCGGCAUCCCCGUGCUCCCGGCCGUCGCGCUUGGCGCCACGCUCCCACGUGAUGAAGCGCAGCCCGCCCGCCGUGCCCUCGCCGCCGCGGCCCGUCCAGAUGGAGAGACACUUGGUGAGGCCGCCGCCCACCUGCCCUGAGCCCAGCUGCCUGCCGCUGGACUCGGGCUCCGCCCACAUCAUGACGCGAGACGUGUGGCUGCGAGUCUUCACGUACCUCAGCCAGCCCGAGCUGUGCGUGUGCAUGAGGGUGUGUCGCACGUGGAGCCGUUGGUGUUGCGACAAGAGGCUGUGGACUCAGAUCGACGUGAGCAGACAGCGCUCCAUCACGCCGCCCAUGCUGAGUGGAAUCAUCCGCAGACAGCCCGUCUCGCUCAACCUGGGCUUCACCAACAUCUCCAAGAAGCAGCUCAUGUGGCUCAUCAGCCGCCUGCAAGGUCUGCUGGAGCUCAACGUGUCGGGCUGCGCGUGGUCGGUGGUGUCGGCGCUGUGUCAGAGCGCCUGCCCGUGUCUGAGGUUGUUGGACUUGAGUCGCGUGGAAGACCUGAAGGACUCGCACCUGAGGGAGCUGCUGGCUCCGCCCCCUGACACCAGGACAGCGCACGGCGAGACACGGGCGGGGCGCUUCCACAACGUGACGGAGCUGAGACUGUCGGGUCUGGACCUGACGGACGCCUCGUCCCGCCUGCUGGUCCGUUACGUCCCCCGCCUGGCCAAGUUGGACCUCAGUCACUGCGCCGACGUGUCGGACCAGAGCGUGCACAUGCUCACCUCGGCCGCAUCGCCGCUCAGAGAGACGCUGACGCACGUCAACUUGGCAGGUUGCAUCAAGGUGACGGAGCAGAGUGUCCCGUUGUUACGCCGAUGCCCCUCCCUGCAGACGGUGGAUCUGCGCUCGUGCUCGCUCCUCCCCUCAGAGGCGGGGCUACUGCUGUGCUUCCCGCCCCGGCCGUCCUCUUCCUCUGCCGCCGUGCUGGCUGCUUCCACUUCCUGUCCUCCUGAGGACAGGACGCUGCUAAAGAACAGCUGAACGGCAUCAUGGAACAUUGGCCUUGGUGGCAUGGCCCCGCCCACAGCUGCUUAUAGGACAGGUGAGGAGGAGGAGGAGGAGGAGCAGGAGGAAGAAUCCUACUUUUGUUGGCCUGUACAUACUUGUUCUCUGUACAAAUGUGUGUGUGUGUGUGUGUGUGAGUAUAUAUGUGUACUUUAUCUGCUGUACGUGACCUUGCACCCCCACGGCCCCCCCACAGCCCCCCCCACGGCCCCCCCACGGCCCCCCAACCUUCCCACCUCUCCUGCAGCCAAUCAUCACGCCUGCUGCUCAGCUGCAGAACAACAGGAAGUGGGCCAAGCUAGCUCAUUAGCUUGCCGCAAAACACCGUCACGUUACUGUUGAGUCUGCAUGUUAGAACCCGAAGCUAAGAUAAGCUAAUCUGCGUGUGAACGUGUGCACGUGUGCACGUGCGCUACUCCAACGUUGACCGUCUUUCGUGUGCGUCUGUCAAAAGUCAUCAUCUUUGAGGUGCAACGUUGCUUCGUUGAGACGGCCAGGCGUUGCCUGAAAACCCCUCCUCCAUUUCAGCGUCCUUCCAAACUGACUUGCUCUUGUGUCCUGGCAGCUAGGCUAGCAGCUAGCUAACACGUUAGCUUCAGAUCUGCACUACAAGUCCAUGAACUAAAGUCAGUCUGAAACACGCUUUGAACAAACUGGCAGAUGAUCAAGUCCUGAGUGGGAGUGGUCGUCCCCGGGGAAGAAAAGCUCUGGUUGCAGCUUCCAAAAGGUGAAUAAGCUUCUUUUUUAUUGUUUACGCCAGUCAUCGACUGUUGCUCGGACAAAACUGUGACAAACGUCUUCUUUUCGUCACACUGCCAUCAAGUUCACUGAUCAGUUGAUCAGCUGUCGGUGUGACGUCGUCGUCGUGCUGAUUGGACAGCUCCUCCGAGCUCUUAUCCAAUCUGAAUGAUUGACGUUUUCUAAAAAUGCACUGGAUCAUCAUGACCUUCGUCCUUGUUUGCCAAAACUUGUUUUUUAUACUUUGUCCAUGAUUGUGUGGGAAAAUGAGGGAAGUUGGAAGUAAAAGCAACUCAAGGCAGCUACGUGUGAGUAACUACUGUACAAUGACUAAUAAAGAAGCAAGGAGUUGUUGUUUUUUU